AUGACGAUUGACAACUCCGACACGGAACAGCGCGGCCAAGCCAUUCUGGAUGUCUUUGGGACGGCCUUUGGCGAGCUCCUCGCCGCCGACCCGACCGCGUUCCAGGUGAAGUUCCGCAAGAUGGCUGCCUCAGCCUUUGCCUUUUACCGCGGCACAGCCUGCCUGUUCUACCACGACAUGGAAAAGGAGCAGCCCACAGACAAGUUCCUCGACGAGCAGACUAGCCAGAUCUGGAUCCACGGCGACCUGCAUGCCGAGAACUUUGGCACCUACAUGGACUCCCAGGGCCGACUCAUCUUCAACGUCAAUGACUUCGACGAGGCGUAUGUUGGGCCCUUUACCUGGGACGUCAAGCGUUUUGUUGCCUCUAUCGGGUUGAUUGGGUAUGCAAAGGCCUUGAGCGAUAAGCAGAUUACACACCUGGUUCGCGCGUAUGCUGCCGCGUACCGUGAGCGCAUCCACACGCUGGCCACCCUCGAGGAUCACAAGCAGGUCCCUCGCUUCACACUUGACACCGCCAAGGGUCCGCUGCUCGACGCCCUGCGCGACGCCCGGAUGCAGACGCGCGUCGGCCUCCUCGACUCGAUGACGGAGAUCCACGACUACGAGCGACGCUUCACCCAAGGCGGCGGCGCAGUCCCGCUCGACGACGCCGCGCGCGAAAAGGUCGUCGACGCAUUCAAUCGCUACCUCGACACCCUUCCCGACUCAAAAAGCCAUCGCUCUGCCGCAUACCGCGUCAAGGACGUUGUCGGCCGUCGCGGUGUUGGGAUCGGAUCCGCCGGCCUCCCCUCAUACAACAUCCUCCUCGAAGGGAAGAGCGAAGCCAUCGAAAACGACGUCGUCAUCUACAUGAAGCAGUCAACUGCGGCAGCUGUCUCCCGCCACGUCAGUAAUACCGCAGCGGCUAGCUACUUCCACCACGAGGGCCACCGCACCGUCAUUUCCCAGCGCGCUCUGCAAGCCCAUGCAGACCCUUGGCUGGGCUGGACUGAGAUUGAUGGUGUCGGCCAGCUCGUCGCUGAAGUCUCGCCUUACGCUGUUGACCUCGAUUGGUCGGACAUCAAUAACCUCGAAGAGAUGACAGCCGUGGUUGCUGAUCUUGGCCGCGCGACCGCGAUGAUGCACGGGGCUGGUGAUGAUGAUGGGAGACACUCCGAGUUGGUGCCCUUCUCUCCGGAGAAGGCCAUCGACGCGGUCAUUGCAGAUGAAGAGGGGUUCACAGAGGCCUUGGUUGACUUCGCGCAUCGGUAUAGCGCGCAGGCGAGAAGGGACCAUCAGAUCUUUGUUGAUCUGUUCCGCAAUGGGCAGAUCCCGGGGCUUUCGGUGGAUGGUGAGGAUUGA